GGCUCCAAAGGGAGGGCGCUCGGGUCCUGCGAGCGGCGUCCUGAACGGCGGCGCUAGGACCCCGUGGGGAGCGGCGGGGGCGGAGCAGGCGGCACCAGGACCCGGGGGAACCGCGGCAGGCGGGCGGCGAGCAGGCCCGGGGGCCGGGAAGCUGCGGGCGGCGGCGCUGGGCCCGGCGCGGCGAGAGAGGCCCUGAGAUGCCGAGCAAGAAGAAGAAGUAUAACGCGCGGUUCCCGCCGGCGCGGAUCAAGAAGAUCAUGCAAACUGACGAAGAGAUUGGGAAGGUGGCGGCGGCUGUGCCUGUCAUCAUCUCCCGGGCGCUUGAGCUCUUCCUGGAGUCGCUGUUGAAGAAGGCCUGCCAGGUGACCCAGUCCCGAAACGCCAAGACCAUGACCACAUCCCACCUGAAGCAGUGCAUUGAGUUGGAGCAGCAGUUUGACUUCUUGAAGGACCUGGUGGCCUCUGUGCCUGACAUGCAGGGAGACGGGGAAGACAACCACAUGGAUGGGGACAAGGGUGCCCGCAGAUGGACUGUGCCUUCCCGAAGGGGCCGGAAGCCAGGCAGCGGUGGCCGGAAGAAUGGUGGGAUGGGAAGCAAAGGCAAGGACAAGAAGCUGUCGGGGACGGACUCGGAGCAGGAGGAUGAGUCUGACGACACCGACACUGAUGGGGAAGAGGAGACGUCACAGGCUCCACCACAGGCCAGCCACCCCCCUGCCCACUUUCAGAGCCCCCCGACACCCUUCAUGCCCUUCACCUCGAGUCUGCCUCUGCCCCCGGCCCCCCCGGGCCCCUCAGCACCUGACGCAGAGGAUGAAGAAGACUAUGACUCCUAGCGCCCUCUGCCCCCCAGGCCACACCCCCUUUUAGCUGGUUUUAGUUGCUCUGGGGGGAGGAGAGAAGGUAGAGCUGUUCUUAAAUUUAUUAAACAAUUAAUAAUAAAAGGGAACACCAGUGUCUGUCCCAGCCUAUGUCCAGGGCGUUGUGGCCACCUUCCCAUCCACCCACCUGCAUUCCCCAUGCUGAGCUGAGGCCAGGAGCGGUGGUGGGCAGGGUAGCAGAGUGAAGGGAGGGGCCAGAGGCCACGAUUCUGCCAGGGUAGGAGCAGGGGUGCUGACAGAAGGAAGGCGGGCAGAGUGGUGGUGUAGGGCCUAAGCCAGGGGUGCCGCUUAUGCUGGGGGACGACCUGUUUCGUUGUGCUUUACGACCCCGGAAAGGUGCCUGUCUUUCUUUGAGUGGCCUCUUCGUGUCUCUCUGAUGGAGGCUAUUCUGCCCUCCCCGGGCUGCUGCAAAGGGACCGAUUGGACAAGUAACGGGAAGAGGCCUUGCACGCUGUAGAAAUCUGCGUCUGGUGCCACGAAGGGUAUGUGGGAAGGAGCUGAGGGAGCAGAGGUAGGUGGGACUGUCGAGGGCCCCGAAGAUCGGCUUUCGAGCAGGAACAGUGACACAGCUGGGCAGUCCGCCCCCAUUUCUGAGCAGACCUUGGAAUUGCGGGGUCCACGAGGCAGAUGCGUGCCUUCAGGGAGCAGGGGCUCGGGGAGGCUGAGCAGGAGACGUGGAGGACGGUGGGCAGACUUGAGGUGCGUGUUAGCAGACUCCAGCGUGCUGAGAACUGACUGGAAGUGGGGCUGAAAGGGAGAGAACUUUAAGGAUUCCCAGGUUUCUGUCUGCAGUGACUUGGGCAAGCCCCCCCCCCCCCCCAGCUGGAGGACACAGAGAGCAAGAUUAGGUGUUAGGCUGUGACGAGUUUGGGGUGCCUGUGAAGCUGCUGGGGAGAAGGCACUGGAACGUAGGGGCCUGGAGACAGAUGCGCGAGCUUAGAGAGUGGAUGACCUCGCCUCAGGGAGAGAGGGUGGAGCCUGGACAGGCCACCAAAGGAGACUGAAGAGCAGCCGCCCCCAGGGCCCCCAGGGGCCACUGGCAGUGCCCACGCAAGCGUGUCUGGGAGGAGGGAGAGGUCAGCGGUCCCAACACCUUGCAGGCUUUAGGGAAGGCUUGCUGGUCGUUGACAGGCUGGGAGCUGGAGGUGAGAAGCCGAGGUGAGGAGAAGUGAUGCUCAAGGCUGAGAAGCGGAGAUAAGAGCUGUGGCUCGGAACGAGGACCGAGGGGACAGUUUUGGGUUUUGUGUCCUAAGGUGGCAGAAAUGUCAGCUAUAGCGAGGAAGGGGACCGGGGAUGGGAGGGGGCGGAUGCGGUGAGGUCAGGUCGCCUGGGGCCGACCCCAGCCUGACCAGGGGGAGGUGCAAGGUGACGAGGGGGUUUGGCAGGGGCAUUGAGGUACUCGGUUUUUAUCUGACAGGGUCUGGCUUCUCUGGAGAAGAGGAGGCCAGGUGGCAGGCGUGGAUGGGCCUGGAGCCUAGGAGCAGCUGGGUCCCGUCUGCUUCUCCUCUGCUCCCCCUCUGGUUAUAGUGUCCCUGCUAUCUUUUGGGGACAACCCCAACCUGUAGUACGCGCAGCGGUCCCCACUCCCUGAUGUCAACGGGUGGGGACAUCACACUACACACUGUGGCCACAGUGCGUGGUGCGGGCCAACCAACACACCUGAGCCCUUGGGACUUUAGGUGGGACCGUCGGGGAAGGGUAUUCACAAGAUCGCUAGCUGUCCCGUGGCACUGGAGGCAGGAAGGAACCCACUCGGCAGCCUUGGAGAGGAUGAUGGUGGCCACACCGGGGUAGGAAAGCUGGCAGAAUGUAGGCCGGAUGCUGCUAGAAGCCUUUUCCCACCCCGAGGAGCGCUCCUGGCUGAGGAUGAGGUCAGCGCAGCAGAUCCAGGAGGCUCAGAGAUACUGACGUCUGAUGACACCUGGACCCAGUCUUGCCUGAACCCUGUGUACCUUGGACUUCUGAGUCACGUGAGCCAAUAAACAUUUUCCCUCUCGAAA